ACAUAACAUGAUAGUGUGUCAUGUAUAUAUCCCGACGUCGGCAAGUAGAGAAAAAUAGUUAGCUAGGCUUAUCUUCUGAGGUAGUCGGGAGAAGCUGAGGUGCUAAAUUAGUGAACAAAAAGAAAGAAUAUAUAACAGUAUUUAUGACUUUAUUUAUAUAACUCUAUAUAUGCUGUCCAAAUAUUAUCAAAUUAAAACGUUAGAAACGAAUUUCCUCCGAGCUCUCUUGCAUUAAAUGGAGGAGAAGAAGGAAGACGGGGACUCGGAGAUACAGGAACACGGACCGGAGCACUGGUUCUCAAAAUGGGAGCGGCAAUGUUUAGCCGAAGCCGAGACGAUGGACCCGGGCGAGGAAGAGGCCGACAAUGACCAGGAUAAACUCUGGCAUCUCUUCCAGAACUCCGCCACUGCCGUAGCCCAAUUAUACAAAGACAGGGUAUGCCACCAGCAGGGCCUGUCAUUGUGGGUGCCGUUUCAGAAUGCUGCUACUGCAGUAACCAACCUUUACAAAGAAAGUGUUGAAGCCCAUCAGAGAAGUUGUGACCGGGGCAUCCAGAUAGGUCACCAACGGCGUAACAAGGAUAUGCUGGCCUGGGUGAAAAAGCGCCGAAGAACCAUUCGUAGGGAGGAUCUCAUCAGCUUCCUGUGUGGCAAAGCCCCGCCACACAGGAGCAGCAGGACCAACUCUCGGCUGGCCAUGGUGGCCCCCAGCAGGGCCAAUUCCCCGGCUGAGACCGGCUCGUCUGUGGAGACGGACCUGCAGCCCUUCAGGGAGGCCAUAGCUCUGCAUGGCCUGAGCGGCGCCAUGGCGAGCAUUAGCGUGCGCUCCGGCGCUCCGGGUUCCCCGACGCACGUGAGCGGGAGCAGCAGCAACACGGGGAGCGCGAGCGGCGGUGGCGCGUCCUCUGGCUCCGGGCCGGUCUGCCGCAGCAGGCGCAACGGCCUCCAAGACGUCGACCUGAACACUUUCAUUACAGAGGAGAUGGCCCGACAUCUGGACUCUACCGGCGCCACCGCCGCCGGGGGAGGAGGAAACAGGAAGCGCAACUCCACCCAGUGCAGCGAUGUCAUCACGGACUCUCCUACGCACAAACGCAACAGGGUGAUCUGAGCUUUGUGAUUAAGGUGGGAUGAAGUCUUCAAAGCCAGAAUGGACGGACGGACGGAUGGGUCUUUGUAGUACAGAUGUGCUGAUGUACAGACUUCCAAACAUCUGGACUGGAAAUGAAAGUGAGGCCUGAAGGCUCUUGGUUGCAUUUGUUCAUGAAUUGUGUUCCUUGUCUCCUUUUCCAACACUAAGUACAAAUCCACAAUGAGAGCAGUGUGUGUGUGUGUGUUUGUGAGAGAGAGAGAGAGUGUGCAAUUUAGUGGGAAGUUUGGACGGCCUCACACAUUCCUCAGACCAAGCUGCCCUGGAAAGGAGACAAAGAAGGAGGUCACUUACUAAUUCUGGGAUGUCGACGGUUUUCAAUGAGCGGAAAGUACGGCGUGCAGCUCGACGAGCAAAAAGCCACUUAAUCUCUGACACGCGUGUGUGCUUCCCUCCCUCAGUCUGUCAUCCCCACCCAUCACCUUAAUAAGGAAGAGAGGGCCAUGAUCAAACGUCGGACUCGCCAAAAAGAGAAAAAAAUGUCAAAAAAAAAAAAAAAAAA